AUGGGAAAUGUAUUUGCGAAUCUAUUCAAAGGCCUUUUCGGCAAAAAGGAAAUGAGAAUAUUGAUGGUCGGUUUGGAUGCCGCUGGUAAAACCACAAUUCUGUACAAACUCAAAUUAGGCGAAAUUGUUACAACGAUACCUACUAUUGGUUUCAAUGUGGAGACUGUAGAAUACAAGAAUAUUAGCUUUACAGUGUGGGAUGUGGGCGGCCAAGACAAAAUUCGUCCAUUAUGGAGGCAUUACUUCCAGAAUACACAAGGUCUUAUCUUCGUCGUUGAUAGCAACGAUCGAGAGCGUAUCGGCGAGGCGAGAGAGGAAUUGAUGCGUAUGCUGGCCGAGGACGAGCUCAGAGAUGCAGUCUUACUAAUAUUCGCCAACAAACAGGAUCUGCCAAAUGCAAUGAAUGCGGCUGAAAUUACCGAUAAGUUAGGCUUGCAUUCACUCAGAAAUCGCAAUUGGUAUAUACAGGCGACGUGUGCAACCAGCGGCGACGGUCUCUAUGAGGGACUUGACUGGUUGUCUAACCAGCUCAAGAAUGCUAAUCGCUAAAUAAACUACAAUAAUAGCAGCAGAAACAACAACCGCAAAAAACAACAACAACCACAACAACAAAAAUAAUUAUACACUAAACUUUGAAAUCUUCAACAACAACAAGAAUAGCCACAACAACAACUAGAGACAACGGCAUCUUACAUGUGGGAAUAAAAAUUA